AUGCUGAUGUUGUAUGACUCUCCUAUCCAGAACGCCCUCCGAGGGGAUCCAAACCAUUUGAGAGUUCAGGGCUUGCUGAAUGAACUCUGGCACAACUACGACGAAGAGACGUCUCCUGAUCCAUUGGUUUACUACGACGGCAUUAGAGACAGACCACCAAGACAAAACUUCCUUGGCCUUGGCCCACAUAUUGACGCUGGCAGUCUUUGCCGAUGGGCGGACAAGACGUAUCGGGAGGUGUAUGGUAACAUCUUCUCCGGCAGGCCUCAGUUGCACGACUGUUACGACCUCGGCCUGCGGAAGGCCGCCGACCAAGAGCUGUACCCUGGCAUCGCACAUUCCUCCGUGUUCCGCUCUUUCCAGGGUUGGACAGCGUUAACAAGAGCGGCCCCGAACGAAGGGACCCUUCUUGUGUACCCGAACGUUGCGACCGUGGUGUCGUACGUUAUGCUUCGACCCUUUUUCAAGCCUCCAAGAGACCCUGUGGAUGUGAUGGAUGCGAGCAAGUGGACUCUGGAUGAUUCCACAAGCUGGUUCCCGGGAACGUUCAAGACGGAAAGCCAGCGCUUGAGUCGAUCAUCCCAUCCGCACUUGAGACUCGAGGAAUGCUUGGUGCAUAUUCCUACGAUGGAGCCUGGGGGCACCGUUUGGUGGCACACUGAUGUAGGUAUCCAUUUCGGACCUCGAAUAAUUUGA